AUGGAGGAAGACCGAGCCGGGACAGACAUUGGGCUGGCGGCCGAGAUCGAGGAGCAGCAGCGGGGGGAGCAACUGGAGCUGGAAGAAGCGAGCGAACAAGCAGAUGAAGCGCCCAGCAAUGGCGAGCCAAAGCGAGAGGAAUCGGCGGCAGCACCAGAUACAGCGACAGAAACGACGACGGAACCAACAGGAAUGUUAGACACAGAAGCAGCAGCAAACACACCAGCAAUAGCACAAAACAAUUCAAGUCAGGCGCCAACAGCCAGUGCCGAGAAGCCGGCAUUACGACAGCCCAAGAAACGCUUUGUAGGACGGCGAGCGGCAGCGGAGGCGGCAGCGGCAGCGACACCACGGAGCAGCGACGCAGUGAGCGUGGAAGACGCGGGGGCGGUGGGCGCAGCACCACGGCCACGGGCCCGACGGCCGGCCCGGCUGCUCAACCAGGUGCCGGCGGAGCUGUUGGACGACCCAGCACUGCAGGCGGCAGUGGCGCUGCUGCCGGUCAACUACUCGUUCGAGGUGCCCAAGACGAUUCACCGGAUCCGCACGUUGGGGGCGCGACGGGUCGGGCUGCAGAUGCCGGAGGGGCUGCUGCUGUUUGCGACGACGGUAGCGGACAUCCUGGAGCAGUUCUGCCCGGGCACGGAGACGCUGAUCAUGGGCGACGUGACGUACGGGGCAUGCUGCGUGGAUGACUUUACGGCGCGGGCGCUGGGCUGCGACCUGCUGGUGCACUACGCCCACAGUUGUCUGGUGCCGGUCGACGUGACGCAGAUCCGGACGCUGUACGUGUUUGUCGACAUCCGCAUCGAUGCCAGCCACCUGGUGGCCGCGCUGGAGCGCAGCCUCGUCGCCGCCACCACCACGCUGGCCCUCGUCGGCACCAUCCAGUUCAACGCCACGAUCCACGGCUUGCGGCCGGUGCUCGAGCGGGCCGGCUUCGGCGUGCUGGUGCCGCAGAUCGCGCCGCUCUCCAAGGGCGAGAUUCUCGGCUGCACGUCCCCGCAGCUCGCAGACGCGGCCCCCGACAGACAGCUCGCCAUCCUCUACCUCGGCGACGGCCGCUUCCACCUCGAGAGCAUCAUGAUCCACAACCCCGGCGUGCCGGCUUAUCGCUACGACCCCUACGCGCGCAAGCUCACGCGCGAGGCCUAUGGCCACGCUGAGAUGCAGGACCUCCGCCGUGCGGCCAUCCGCACUGCCCGUGGCGCCCGCUCCUGGGGCCUCAUCCUCGGCACGCUCGGCCGUCAGGGCAAUCCUCACACGGUGGCCGCCAUCGAGGCGCGCCUUCGCCAGCGCGGCCUCCCCGUCGUCACCCUGCUGCUCAGCGAGAUCAUGCCGCACAAGCUCGCCCGCAUGAGCGCCGACGUCGAGUGCUGGGUCCAGGUGGCGUGCCCGCGCCUCAGCAUCGACUGGGGCUACGCCUUUGCCCGCCCGCUGCUCACGCCCUACGAGGCCCUCGUCGCCCUCGGCCUGCGCGACGAUGACUGGGCCCGUGCUCCCGACGGUGCCGUCGGCGGCGUCUACCCCAUGGACUUUUACGGCCGCGACGGCCUCGGUCGGACUCGAGCAGGGGAGAUUGUUUAG